AUGUUGGGCGGCAAACUCUACAUAGUCGGGGUCGGGCCUGGAAGUCACGAUCACAUGACAUUCCGCGCAAAGAGCGCCAUUGAGGAGAGCAACACCAUAGUGGGCUAUGAGACGUAUGUCAACCUGGUGCAGGAUCUGAUUCACGGCAAGGACGUGUAUCGCUACGCCAUGACGCAAGAGGUGGAACGUGCGCGGCAGUGCAUAGAUCUUGCCGAGUCCGGCAGAACGGUCUCCCUGGUGUCCAGCGGAGACCCGGGCAUAUACGGAAUGGCCGGCCUCAUAUACGAGACGCUUGCAGAACGAGGCUGGAGCCCCAAGGACGGCCUUCCGGUGGAGGUCAUACCCGGGGUAUCGGCGCUGAACUCUUGCGCAUCGAUAAUUGGAUCUCCACUGAUGACUGACUUUGCCGUAUUGAGCAUGAGCGAUCUGCUGGUUCCCUGGGAGAUUAUAAUAAAGCGGGUGGAGGCCGCCGCCCGCGGGGACUUUGUCAUUGUAAUAUACAACCCGUCCAGCAAGAAGCGGAUUCACCAGCUGCAGGACACGAGGAAGCUGCUGCUGGAGUACAGAAAGCCGUCGACGCCGGUGGCGAUAAUAAAGGGGGCGUACCGGGAAUCCCAGUCGGUGGUGCUCACGGAUCUGGAACACAUGGAGGAGUACUCGAACAGGCUCGGCAUGAUCAGCACCGUAAUUGUGGGAAACUCGUCUACUACAACCUAA